UAUAUCUUUCUCUUAGGUUAAACUGGCGACUGUGAUAAAUUAUACAAUUAAAAAUGAAAACACGGUUUAGCUCUUACGAUAUCAUAUGUGGUGUCGCAGAGCUCCAAAGGUUAAUCGGCUUACGUGUAAACCAGAUAUAUGAUAUUGACAAUAAGACUUAUCUAUUUCGGCUUCAUGGAGGCGGAGCAUCAGAGAAGGUUACCUUAUUGAUUGAAUCUGGAACUCGCUUUCACACGACUUCGUUUGAAUGGCCAAAGAAUAUGGCACCUUCAGGAUUUUGCAUGAAGUUCAGGAAACAUUUAAAAAAUAAACGGCUCGAGCAUAUAAAUCAACUAGCAGCUGAUAGAAUAGUUGACUUUCAAUUUGGCAGUGGAGAAGCUGCUUAUCAUGUAUUUUUGGAGUUAUAUGAUCGUGGAAACGUUAUUUUAACUGAUUAUGAGAAAACAAUACUAUACAUCUUACGUCCUCACACGGAAGGAGAGAGUAUAAAAUUUGCAGUGCGUGAAAAAUAUCCCGUCGAUCGAGCAAAAAUAGGAAAUUCUGAACUGAUGGAAAGCAAAAUGCGUGAGAUAAUAGAAAAUUCGAAAGAAGGGGAUAGCUUGAAACGCAUAUUAAUGCCGAUUCUUGACUGUGGUCCAGCUGUAAUUGAGCACGUUCUGAUUGAACAUGGAUUAGAAAAUCACUUCAUAAAAGGUUCGGUGGUUCAAAAGCAAGGCGAAGCAGAAUCGUCAAAAAAACAAAGCAAACAAAAAAAUCGUAAAAGUUCAGAGGUAAAUCCAUGUGAUAUAAAAUUUUUUGAUUUGGCAGCAGAUUUACCAACACUUAUGUUGGCUUUCAAGAGCGUCCAUGAUUUGAUGACAAUUGGACGGAAUGGAAGAUCCAAAGGAUUUAUAAUUCAAGUUAAAGAAGAAAAACCUACAAAGUCUGAAAAUACAGAACAUUUUUAUAGAAAUAUUGAGUUUCAUCCUUACCUGUUUUCUCAAUAUAAAGAACUACCUUUUAAGGAAUAUGAAACAUUCAUGGAGGCAGUUGAUGAAUUUUUUUCGUCUCAAGAGUCACAAAAAAUUGAUAUAAAAACAUUGCAGCAAGAAAGAGAAGCUCUUAAGAAGCUUUCUAAUGUAAAAAAAGAUCAUACAAAGCGCCUAGAGGAGCUUAAUAAAGUGCAAGAAGAUGAUAAAAAAAAGGCAGAAUUAAUAACAUCUAAUCAGAGUUUGGUGGAUAAAGCUAUUUUGGCAAUCCAGUCAGCCAUAGCAAGUCAAUUGUCGUGGCCAGAUAUACAAGAGCUUGUAAAAGAAGCCCAAGCCAAUGGAGAUAUUGUUGCAAGUUCGAUAAAACAGUUAAAGCUGGAAAUAAAUCACAUAUCAUUAUUACUUUCGGAUCCGUAUAAAAAUGAAAACGAAAAUGAUAAUGAUUCUGAUAACGAUUCGGUUAUAGUAGACAUUGAUUUGGCAUUAUCCGCAUGGGCCAAUGCUCGCAGAUAUUAUGAUUUGAAGCGUUCUGCGGCCCUAAAAGAGAAAAAAACGAUUGAUGCAUCGCAGAAAGCUUUAAAGUCAGCAGAGCGUAAGACACAGCAAACGCUAAAAGAAGUACGCACUAUAUCAAAUAUAGCUAAAGCAAGAAAAAUUUUUUGGUUUGAAAAGUUUUUUUGGUUUAUUAGUUCCGAGAACUACUUAGUAAUAGGUGGAAGAGAUGCUCAGCAAAAUGAACUUAUUGUUAAAAGAUACAUGCGACCGAAGGACAUAUAUGUGCAUGCAGACAUUCAAGGCGCAUCAAGUGUUAUCAUUCGUAAUACAACUGGAGAAGAAAUUCCACCCAAAACAUUAUUAGAAGCUGGCACAAUGGCUAUUUCAUACAGCGUAGCGUGGGAUGCAAAGGUUGUGACAAAUUCUUACUGGGUUUAUAGUCAUCAAGUUAGUAAAACGGCUCCAACAGGAGAAUAUUUAGGUACAGGAAGUUUUAUGAUACGCGGGAAAAAAAAUUUUUUGCCAUCUUGUCAUCUUAUUAUGGGGCUAAGCCUACUUUUUAAACUUGAAGAUAGCUUUUUACAACGUCAUGCUGGAGAAAGGAAAAUUCGCACUACAGAAGAUACUAUUAAUCCGGAUAAUAUUGAGCAGCCAGAAAUUUCAUCCACUGAUCUAAAUGAAAUCAACGAGGCUUUUGAAUCAAUUAAUGAAUAUGGAACGAAUUCAUUUCCAAAUACUGAAGUAAAGAUUGAACAUGAUACCGGUAGAAUAACUGUUAAAACUGAUUUAUUAGAGGAAACAAUUGAAACAGAUGCUGUUAAUCGACAAAGCCAAGACAUAAUAAAUGAUGAAGAUACGGUCAUUAUAAAACCAGCACCAUCCCGAAAGAAAAAUCAAUCCACAAAAAAACGUAGGGAAUGUAAAGAACGGUCAGAAAAAAAAAAUAUUGAGAUGUUUCAUGUUGCCUCCCCAGAAACGGAAACAAAUUCUUCUAAGGUUAAGCGCGGUCAAAAGGGAAAAUUAAAAAAAAUGAAACUGAAAUAUAGAGAUCAGGAUGACGAGGAACGCAAAAUAAGGAUGAUGAUUCUAAACUCAUCAGGAAAGGAUAAACCGAUAGCUAAUACUGAGAGUCAGGUGGAAAAACGUAGUUCUUUACCAAAAACAACUCCAGUGGAAGCGUUAGAAAACAUUCUCUCCAAAAAUCAAGUUGAAAAUGAAGAUAUCGACGACAAUCCCAUUGCUGUAGACACCGACUUGUUAGAUGGCCUUACUGGUGUACCAUUUGAUGAUGAUGAGUUGCUAUUUGCUAUACCAGUUGUAGCUCCGUAUCAAGCAUUGCAGCAAUAUAAGUAAGUAUAGAUAGUCAAAAAUUACUUAAAUUCGUAAGUUGA